ACACGAGCCACCAGGCGCGCUCGGUGUCCAGCCGUCCCUACUACAGCCUGCCCAACAGCAGCAGCCAUGAGCGGCGCUCGGUGCUGGCGCUGGCGGAGCCGCCGCGCUUCCACUCGCAGGCCAAGGGCAAGAACGUGCGGCUGGACGCGCACUCGCGCCGCGCCACGCGCAGGAACAGCUUCUGCAACGGCGUCACCUUCACCAACCGGCCCAUCCACCUCUACGAGAAGGUGCGCCUCAAGCUGGUGGCUGUGCACCACGGCUGGAGCGGGGCCCUGCGCUUCGGCUUCACCAUCCACGACCCCUCGCAGAUGAGCUCCGAGGAGAUACCAAAGUACGCCUGCCCCGACCUCGUCACCCGGCCCGGCUACUGGGCCAAGGCUCUGCCCGAGAGGUUUGCGGUCAGGGACAAUAUCUUGGCCUUCUGGGUGGACCGGCACGGCAGAGUCUUCUACAGUAUUAACGACGAGGAGCCCAUCUUGUUUCACUGUGGUAUUAAAGUUUCCGGGCCUCUUUGGGCGCUCAUAGACGUCUAUGGAAUUACCCACGAAGUGCAAAUUCUAGACAGCAUGUUUGCAGAGACCAUGACCACCGCCCGGCUCAGCACCGCCCGGCUCAGCACCUGCCUUCCCCAGAGCAACCACGACUCGGCCAACUUCAACAACAACGAGCUCGAGAACAACCAAGUGGUGGCCAAAAUUGCAAACCUGAACCUAAGCCGGGUGCCAGGGCUUGGGACUGACAACCACAUCAUCCCCUGCUGCCCCGGCCGGCGGCAGCACGCGCAGGGAGUCCCGGCCUUCCUGGACACCGACCUGCGCUUCCACCCCACCCGCGGCCCCGACAUCACCUUCUCCCAGGACAGGAUGGUGGCCUGCACCAACUGGCAGGAGAGCAAUAGGACUUUGGUGUUUUCUGACCGGCCUUUGCACAUCGGGGAGAGCCUCUUUGUGGAAGUUGGACACCUGGGGCUGCCCUACUACGGGGCCCUCUCGUUCGGCAUCACCUCGUGUGAUCCGAGCACUUUGCGGACAAACGAGCUCCCGGCGGAUCCGGAUUUUCUCCUGGACCGUAAGGAGUACUGGGUGGUUUACAGGGCCUUCCCAGUGCUCAACAGUGGUGACAUCCUCAGCUUCAUGGUCCUGCCCAACGGGGAGGUGCACCAUGGGGUCAACGGGGCCAGCCGGGGCAUGCUCAUGUGCGUGGACACCUCACAGUCCCUCUGGGUGUUUUUUACCAUCCACGGUGUGAUCAACCAGCUCAAAAUCCUGGGCACGGUGCAGUCCAGCCCAGGGACGGUGUCUCCCUCAGGAUCUCCUGGUGGCUCCCAGUACGACAGCGACUCAGAUAUGGCCUUCAGCGUCAACAGGUCCUCAUCAGCCUCCGAGUCCUCGCUGGUGACUGCCCCCAGCUCCCCUUUGAGCCCCCCCAUCUCUCCUGUCUUCUCCCCUCCGGAGCCAUCGAGCAGCAAGAACGGGGAGUGCACCGUGUGCUUUGACAGCGAGGUGGACACGGUGAUCUACACCUGCGGACACAUGUGCCUCUGCAACACCUGUGGUCUUAAGCUGAAGAAGCAGCUCAACGCCUGCUGCCCCAUUUGCCGACGGGUCAUCAAAGAUGUGAUUAAAAUUUACCGUCCGUAGGGGCUGCGGGAAGGGGGAACGCCGCUAGCAACCCACGCCUUUCCGUCCCUGCUUCUGGGUUAUCGUGCUGGUCAGUCGUUAUCCAGUGGCUCUGUUAUCUGUGUUUCCUUAUUUGACUGCUAGGGCACAAUUCAGGGAGCAAAGCUGAGGAUCGUGUGGGGCCCGGGACCCCAGCCAGCUGCAAAUGAGAAAUUUCCCCUGCAAAGGCUCUUUUUUCUCUCCUCCCGCUGCGGGGGAGGCUCGCUGUGCUGGGGGGUUGUCACUUGGGCAGUGCCAGAUGCCACUGGGCAGUGCCAGGUGCCACUGGGCUUCCCGACCCUAAAACCCCACAGCUCUGGGCUGCUGCCACGGGCUUGUGCUGUGGUGGAGUGAAAAUGGGAUAAAGCCCAGCAGGAGGGUUCAAAGUGGACAGAAAUGAUCUGGAAAUGUCAUGGAAGGAGAACCAGCUCAGGCCAAAUAGUGGCACAGCCAGGUUGUCACUUAUUGGGGUUCUGUCCCCAUGAACAGGCUCAUGGGGACAUGGAGGAGCUGGUCUGGGCUUUUUAAAGCAGAUUUUUCUUUCUGAGGCAGAACAGGGACUUCUGGCCAUGGAGGCUGAGAGCCAUGGGGUAGCAGUGAGGAGCAUGAGCCCACACAGAGCCCCUGCAGUGACGGAGCUGCAGGGAGCUGUGAGGGGCAGCUCGGGCACAGCCCUGCUGCCUUCUGAAGCCAUAAAUGCAGCCUGUGGGUGGCAGGGGUAUGUGGAUGGGCACACUGCAGUGGUGGCUUUGUCACCUGCAGGCACACACCCCUGCACUUUGCUCUGCCCUCCUGGAGGUGGCACAGCUGCUGUGUCACCUGUCCUGACUGUCACCUGUGCUAGACCUUCCCCUGCAGCCAGUGCCAUGGCAGGGCUCAGCCUUCCUCCCACCCCACCACGGGGAUUUUUUGGAGGCUUUGGUGAGAAAUUAAUUUCUGACCCAGUCCCAUCAGGCUCACCUUUAUUUCUGGGGACUGUAUUUGCUGAUUUUACCUGUUCUUUCUUUCCCAGCACAGCUCCCAGCUGCCUGCACGCUGGGUCUCAACUGUACCUGAGACCUUGCUGAGAAAAACAGGGAUUAUCUCACUUGGCUUUACUGAGGAGGAUAGAAAAAGGCUCAGGCUGAAUUAGAUGGUGGGAACUCAAAGGUAAAUGGGUAUUGGGUGUAAUGUCAGCUGCAGGCAGCACCUGAUUAUUCAGUACCAGGGCUGGUGUGAGGAGCUCAGCAUCCUCCUCCCUGCUGCUCCAGUCUCUGUCCUUUGCCCAUUGCACAGCCCCUAUCCUGUCCUUCAGCCCCAGCCUGGCCAGUUUCCAGCUGCUUCGGGCUCAUAAAGAGGGAAAAUGAUGGAAAUGGGAGGAUGAGAGGAGCUGUGUCCCUGCAGCUCUGUGACUGUGUGCUACCAAGUGCACAAGAACAGCUUUUCAGAAAGGUGCAAUUACCAUUUUAGUCUGGAAAAGGGAAAAAAUGGAAUAAUAACUCCUGUACAUUUUAGAGCUUCUGGGCACAGAGGGAGCCUGAGGGAUGUCUGGCUGUUCCCUCUCUCCUCCAAGGCUGUGGGUGCCUGGUGCUGCUGCCCACGUGGGGGCUUGGCUGUGCCAGGAGAGCUGGGUUUGGCUACUGGCCUGUGCCAGCC